UCGAUCGUUGGUGGUUUUUAUUGAUGAUUCUCAAAACUCAGCACCUUCAUAGAACAGUUUUUCAGUGAGAAUAAACUUCCGAAACGAAACCGUUAGAAUUAUUAUCAAAGAUGGACAACAGAAAAAGAAUUAUAUUGGAAGUAUGCCAAAUGUUAUCAAUGGAGAAGAAAUUGGGCGUGAUUUCAAAACACUGGAUUGUCUUCAGAAUAAUCUUGUUUUUAUUAGGUUUCGCUUUCGUGAGCAGAUUGGAAGCUUUCUGUAUUGGAUUUGGUUUAGUAACAUUGAGUCUACUCGACGUGAAAAAUGCUGGAAAUAUAAUCAUGAACAGCUUGAAGGCAAGAGAAAAGGAGAUUUUAAUCUCGUACAUUCAUGAUGUGUUCGAAGGAAUGCAACUCGUCGAUGCAGAGUCAACUUUAUCAGCCCUAUCAGAUGAGCAGAAACACAAAAUAAUGCUAGGUAUCAUACUUUUUUUUGAUGUAGAUAAGAGUUGUUAUGCCCAGACUUUUUACUAACAGUUACGACUGAGAAACUGAAAUUUUAAUUUGUAUUCACAAACAUGGAUGAUUGUAAUUUGUUUCGUUUUUUAAAUUGACAGUAAGUUGGUAUUCUUGAAUUUGUUGAUAAUAAUGAAGAAGAAAUGGAAAACGUAUUUUAUUUGAAGUAAGCACAAUACAUUUUUCUGAAAUA